AUGGUACCAACGAGUUCCGCGGCUCCGAUGGGUCAUCGCCGAAUAUCAUCCUUCAGAACUUCGACAUUCAACUUCUUUAAAGGAAAUAGUAAAGGCUCAUUACAUCCUUCGGGCAGCAUACGACGAAACGAAAUAACAAUUAGCAAUCCUCUACCCUACACCGAGGAGAACGUUUCGCCAACAACUGCGAGUCCACCAAGUAGAGCAGACACUGAACCCACCAUAUCGCAUCGUCACAAAUUUCCAGCUGUAUUUGAGAUUGGACCCAGUCGGGCUGUGCAGGGUAUUAAUACGCGGGGGACAACGUCUAUGGUAGGCGAAGAGUCGGAUACUGGAGAAGGAUCAAUUACAGUUGGGAUGGAUUUACGGGACUUGUCGCCCUCAAGGCAGACACAAACAGACACAGAAAGCUGCACAGAUGACAAGAAAGCCGCAUCGCCAUCUUCAAGGAGCAAAACGAAGGGGGCGAAGCUGAAGAUGGCACUGAGUCUUUUGAGGCGGAGGAGCAAUAACAAUCUGCGUAGAGCAUUUGCAGAUCCAGUCGAUGAACGAUAUGAAUCAACUGAUGAACGAGAACCUUUUAUCGAGCCACUAAUGGACCCUGACUUUAUCGAUCGAUCGAAUGCUGGUUCUAGAUUAUCAUCAGCUCCUUCUACAGUUCGUCCUCAACAAAAGUCUUCCGGGUUUAAGUUUGCCUUUACUGCCCGUAACCACAAUCGGCAAGUUCUCACCAAACAACCGCCCGCAGACACGCGAAGGCCCCGAAGAGCAACGGUUGCAAGUGUCGUGUUUGAUCCAUCAAUGUCCCGUGAUCCGGAACGCCCUCGAACAUCAGUUUGGUCUACCUCACCUAGGCCCGGUAGUAGCCAAUCUGUGAUACCCAAGGAGGAGGGCUUCAUGAAUGGAGAUGGUACACCUGGAACCCCCGGCGGUGGUCUUUUCCCCAGACCUGCAAGUUUGCAAAGAAAUUGGAGUGAUGGCCCGCGACACCACCGCGAUGCUAGUGGAGUUUCUAACGCUGAUUCGUGUGGAGGAGAUGCUCCGCGACCAGCAAGCCAAGCUCCAGAUCAUGGGCGCCCUGCGAGCUUCGCGGGGAUGCUCAAUGGCUACAGCAGCAUGAAAAUUACAGAAGCUGUUAGCUUAGAGACCAGAGUAAAGGAGCUGGAGAAGGAAGUCGAAACUUUAAAGGAAUUUAUUACGCAGAACGGUGCAAUUCCUUUACGACGAAACUUCUCUACAGUUCCUGGGAGUAUAUCAGACCCCAAUUGUCUCGAUGUACCAUCGUUUUUACGUAGUUUAUCAAUUUCUUCCGCCGGAUCAUCUGAUAAAGUUGACAGCUCUGAAUUCCCCAGCACCCCUAAAAAUCUCAAUGCGCCUCCGCGACAUGAAGGCUCAUUGAAGGCACGAGCUUCAGCGCAGAAACGGGAGGAAACGCUUAAAGCACUUGAGGGUAAUAGAGAGGAUACGAGGAGCAAGCGGGAUACUUCAUCAACAAUAAGGGCGCCAAAAAGCACUGAUAGGUCACCUUCACCAGUGACACCAACGCCCACUGUCAGUAUUGCGCAGUAUACUGGGCUUUUAUCAUUAGUGAAACGUGAGCAGCGUGCACGGCGAAAAGCCGAAGCUCAAAUCUCGAAUCUCCAGGAGCAAAUGGCUUUGGUCCUACAUCGGCAACUUCUGUCAUCAAGUCCGACAGAUACGGUUCAUUCUUCCACCAGACUCAGAUCCGGUUUCGGAAGUAUUAGGCGCAAAACAAGCAGCGAAGUCCCAACACCAGAUCUCACUCCACCACGGACAAGUCCUACCAAUUACCACGCAAUUCCAGGGAAUCUAUUUACCGGAUUCGAUAGUGAAGCUGGAAUUGACGAAAGCGACUACGAAAAUGAUGAUGAGAGUUUAUUCAUUGGCGUUGACGCUGAUGAUAAUGAGAUAUGGGAGACUCCUGCAGAGGAUAGGGAAAGCAUGAUGGGCGACGACAGCGACAGCGACAGAAUCUUCCGGGAAACAAUGAAGAAGAAGACGAAGAAGAACAUAGAGGAGGCGGUGGAGAGAGGAGGACAUAUAUCGACCCCCAAGUAUGAUAACAUGUAA